CCCCCAACUUUUUCCAGAGUUGUACUGUACUUAAGAAAAUCUGAGAGAGAGAAGGAAAAAAAAGACUAUCUGAAAAGAAGGAUGUCUGAAACAACAAGCGCCAAAAAAGAAAAGAAACCCCCUCUGAAUGGGAGAAGAGCUCUUCCAUCAAACAACUCCAAUGCUGAAGAAAAUGAGGUCCCUGAAAUGGAGGCUUUUGGGUUGACACCUAGAGGAUUUAAUCCAAAAGAUUACCUGCAUGUUGUGAAUAUCCGUGUGUUCAAGGAACCCCAUGAGAUUAACAAGCAACAGCACCACACCGACAGGUACUACAGCCCUAAGCUGAUAGUGCGUCGGGGGCAGCCUUUCCAAAUCCAGAUUGAUUUCAACCGACCCUACAAGCCAGAAACAGACCAAUUCUGGCUGGAGUAUUUGAUAGGCCGCUAUCCACAGCAAAACAAAGGCACUUACAUCCCAGUUCUGGUAGGUGAUGAGCUGAAACCUGGAGAGUGGGGAGCCAAGAUUACCCACAAGGAGAACAACUCCAUUCGCCUGUCUAUCAUGUCCUCUGCCAGCUGCAUUGCUGGAAAGUUUCGCCUGUAUGUUGCUGUGUGGACUCCCUUUGGUAUCUUCCGAACACGUAGAAACUCAGAAACUGAUACUUAUAUACUCUUCAAUCCCUGGUGCCAGCAGGAUGCCGUAUUUCUGGAUGAUGAGAAGGAAAGGGAAGAAUAUGUCCUGAAUGAUGUUGGUGUGAUUUUCCAUGGAGACAUCAACGAUAUAAAAUUAAGAAGCUGGAGUUAUGGUCAGUUUGAAGAAAACAUUCUGGAUGCUUGCCUGUUCUUGAUGGACAAGGCAGAACUGGAGCUCUCUGGGCGUGGAAACCCAAUCAAAAUUUGCCGUGUUGCCUCUGCAGUGAUCAAUUCCAGGGAUGACAGUGGUGUGAUUGCUGGAUCCUGGGACAAUACCUACACUUACGGGGUCGCACCUUCAGUCUGGACGGGAAGUGUGGACAUUCUCUUGGAAUAUUACAGUUCUAAACAACCAGUGAGAUAUGGUCAGUGCUGGGUCUUUGCUGGUGUCUUCAACACAUUUCUGAGGUGCUUGGGGAUACCUGCAAGAGUCAUUACCAACUAUUCUUCUGCCCAUGAUAACAAUGCCAAUUUACAGUUAGACUUCUUUCUGGAUGAAGAAGGGAAAAUAGAUACCAAAACUACAAAAGACUCUAUCUGGAACUAUCAUUGUUGGAAUGAAGCUUGGAUGUCCAGACCUGAUCUUCCUGUUGGUUUUGGAGGAUGGCAGGCUGUUGAUGGGACACCCCAAGAAACCAGUGACGGUAUGUACAGAUGUGGCCCUACUUCAGUUCAAGCUGUUAAACAUGGUCACGUUUGCUUCCAGUUUGAUGCUCCUUUUGUCUUUGCUGAGGUGAAUAGUGAUAUUGUUUACUCAAAAAGGGAAAAAAAUGGAGCCCAAGUGAUUGAAAAAGUUGACAUGACUCAUGUUGGGAAGUUGAUUGUGACCAAGGAAAUUGGGGGUGAUGGAAUGUUGGACAUCACUGAGGAGUACAAGUUCCAAGAAGGCUCACACGAGGAGAGACUGGCUCUUGAGACUGCUGUGAUGUAUGGUGUUAAAAAGCAAAUUACCCAGGAUACUGUGUAUCAUCCACAGACAGAUGUUGACAUGGAUUUCCAAGUGCAAAAGGCAAUCCUUGGCAGUGACUUUAAAGUCACUAUAACUUUCAAGAACAAAAGCCACAACUAUUACAAUGCUAUUGCAUACUUUUCAGGAAAUAUAGUGUUUUAUACAGGAGUCAAGAAAAGUGAAUUCAAGAAACACUCUUUCAGUGUGACACUGGAACCCUCCUCAUCUAGUAGUUUUGAUGUUGUGAUCAAAUCAAGCGAGUACCUGAGUGAGCUUCUGGACCAAGCCUCCUUUCAUUUCUUUGUCACGGCACGGAUCAAGGAAACCGGAAAGAUUCUGGCUGUGCAGAAAGCUGUGGUACUGGAAAUUCCCACACUGCAUAUCAAGACUCAAGGUGAGACAGUAGUUGGUAGAGAAAUGUCUGUGAUUGUGGAAUUCACCAACCCUCUGAAGCAAACCCUGGAGAAUGUCACGCUUCGCCUUGAGGGACCUGGUGUGCUGAGACUGAUGAAAAAGGACUUCAGACAAAUCCCAGCAAAUUCUACAUUGACCUGGGAAGUAAAAUGCACCCCGAAACGACCAGGGUUACGAAAGUUGAUUGCAAGCCUGAAUUGUGAUGCUUUGAGGCAUGUGUACGGUGAGCUGAACGUCCAGAUUCAGAAACUAUGAACAAAGGUGCUGUCUUCAUCCUUUAAUUAGCUGUAUUUCAAAAUAUCUCAUUAGAUGGAAAAAAAAGAGAGAAGUAAAAAUGUUAUUAUUUUGGUUAACCUCAUGCCUACUAAAAUGUGAUAAAGAAAACUAACUGUAAAUGCUGGGGAGAGCUGGAAAAAUGCAUCUGGAUCAUGAAUGAUUCAAAAUUAGAUAUAAGUAAUUAAAGGUAAUUCUAGGUCAUAUUAUUCCUACAGUUCACUUGUAUUUAUGGCCCUUUGCACUAGUGCUGGGAGGGAAUCUGAAAGGCUCCAUUCACUAAAGCAGUCUGAACUUUAGUUUUAAUUAAGGUCUGAUAUUUCACUGAUAAGAAAAAAAAAGAAAGAAAGAAAGGAGAAGAAGAAACCAGUGUUAUAUAUUCUUAGAGUGAAUUAUACUAUCUUACGAUAGAUCAUUCAGGCUGCAAUUAAAAACUGGUAUUUCUAGCUACAGGGUCUGCUUUAUCUUAAGUGUUAGAAUUUUCCAGUUCAUGGAGAACUCACUUUGCUGGAAGCCUCUCUCAGGAUUUGUUAUCUCCAGAAUAUUCCCAGCUCUCUGUUCCCACUUGCCACUUCAAUAUGCUUUCUCUCUUGCUCUUUCAUGUGUAUCUGCACCCACACAUAUUCCUUUAUUUCAUGACCUCAUCCCACCAUUUUUGAUGCUGUUAAUAUGCUGUUCCUCUCUUUUCUUGAUGAAAAUCUGGAAUUUUUCAUUCCCCUGCUCAGAGUUCAUGGCACCAAACUUGCAUUUUGUGGUCACAGUGUGUUGUGAACUAGAGUUCAGUGGGGCAGGUUGGGAUUCUUCUCCUCCCAGCUCCACAAUCCUAACAAAUGUCCUGCAUUGACACUGCUAUUUAGAGGAUAAAUCUGGAUUUAACCACAUCAGAAAGUGCCCCUGGAAUCACAGCUACUGCAAAAUCAGAUUAUAUUAUGUGUGAAAAUAUCUCAGGAGGACAGAAGCUCAACUGGAUAAGGAAAAAAAGCAUAUACCUUGAGAACCAGAAACUCCACAAGCUGGAUCUGCUUCCUGUCUCACUUAGAACAUUUCAGUCUGUAGGGUGCAAAGGGGAUACCUGCUUUUCUCCAGAGGCCCCUCUGGCCCAGAGCUGUUCCAAAUGUAUUGUUUCUAUUAGUCUUCCAUGCAGGUUCCUCCUCCAUGCCAAGGUAUGCACCCAAUUAGGUGAAGCGUUUUUCAUUUUUUCUCUCCUGUAAUUCUUCCCAGGAUCUUUUUCUGCACGAGGCAAAGAUGCAUGUGUUAAAUUCAAAUUUCCAGCUGCAGUGACCACCCACCAGCCAUGGUGUGUAAAAGCAUAUCCCACAGUAACAAACAACAAAGGUGAGCUAACUGAGCUUCCAAAGAAGCUGAAAAGAACCUCUGGCUUAUUAAAUGCUGUGACUUUAUUGUGCAGCAUAUGGCAAAGUCAUUCUGUGGUCUUAUUAGUGAGAGGGCAAUGGUGAUGACUUGUCUUCUGCUCCUCUUUUUGCCACACGCUACCUCCUAAGUAACCUUUGGCCAGUUGUUAAGUAAACCGAGAAAGGGGAGAAAUACAGGCUACUCUUUCACUCCAGUAUAUGGAAUAAAGUAGAGAUUCGCACCACCUCAUGAAGUGAAUGAGUAACCCUGGAGCCAGGAAUACCAAGCAGAUUUCUGCAGGGCUUUCAUUUCAGGCAUGGGUACACACUUGUUUUGUGCAGCUUAUGUGACCCAUUAGAAACUCUGCAAUAACAAAGUCUCUCAAAGAAGUCCUCUGAGACACAUGGGACUGAACAACCUGUGCUGCAAUGACAACCUCUAUUAAGUGCUUAUGCAGUUCUACUAGAGUCUAUAACAUCUAAUAAGAUUAUCCAUAUUUUGCUCUUGCAUAUAAUCCUGUUUUCCAUUCUAGAUUUUUAGUAGCUACAGUGUAACAGGAAUUUAAAA